AUGAAGUCUGCCCUGUCCUACAGAGGCGGUUGGAAGAGUCUCAUCAUCUUCAUUGUGUUGACGUUGGCCUGGCUCGCCGGGUUUAGUUCUCGUUUGUUCGCCGUCAUAAGAUUUGAAAGUAUCAUUCAUGAAUUCGAUCCUUGGUUCAACUACAGAGCUACCCACUACAUGGUCAAGCAUGGUUUCUACAACUUUCUCAAUUGGUUUGAUGAACGAGCUUGGUAUCCUCUUGGAAGAAUUGUUGGAGGAACAGUGUACCCAGGUCUGAUGAUAACAUCUGGAGCCAUUCAUUGGGUCCUGCACGCCCUGCACAUUCCAGUACACAUCAGGGACAUCUGUGUCUUCCUGGCACCGAUCUUCAGUGGUCUAACAGCAAUGGCAACGUACUUCUUGACAAAAGAGGUAUGGAACUCGGGGGCUGGUCUUUUUGCUGCUUGCUUCAUUGCCAUUGUGCCUGGGUACAUCAGUCGAUCUGUAGCUGGAAGUUACGAUAAUGAAGGUAUCGCCAUAUUUGCCUUGAUGUUCACCUACUUCUUAUGGGUGAAGGCAGUGAAGACAGGAUCAGUGUACUGGGGUGUCUGUACAGCUCUCUCUUAUUUCUACAUGGUUUCAGCUUGGGGAGGCUACGUUUUCAUCAUCAAUCUGAUACCAUUACAUGUCUUUGUCUUGUUGCUUAUGGGAAGGUACUCAUCGAGGAUUUUUGUCGCAUAUUCAUCGUUUUACAUUGUUGGUCUCCUCUGCUCCAUGCAAAUUCCGUUCGUGGGCAUGCAACCAGUUCGAACCAGUGAACACAUGGCUUCUGCCGGUGUGUUCUGCCUGUUGUUUGCAUAUGCUGCAAUAAACUUCAUACAAAGUCACAUGAACAAAAAAGACGUGAAACAUUUCUUCUUCAUGGCUGUCGCUACUGCGGCUGGUUUGGUCUUCCUUGCUGUCGUGGCACUCACAUAUGCUGGAUAUAUAGCUCCUUGGAGUGGAAGGUUCUAUUCGCUGUGGGAUACAGGUUAUGCAAAGAUCCACAUCCCAAUCAUCGCAUCUGUCUCUGAACAUCAGCCAACGACCUGGGUCUCCUUCUUCCUCGACCUGCACAUCCUCGUGUGUGUCUUCCCUGCUGGCGUCUGGUUCGUCAUUAAGGAGAUCAACGAUGAACGAGUCUUUGUUGUUUUGUAUGCCAUUAGCGCUGCAUACUUUGCUGGCGUAAUGGUUCGAUUGAUGCUCACCCUCACUCCCAUCGUCUGUGUACUCGCUGCUGUGGCGUUCUCCAAAGUCUUCUCCAUAUACCUCAAGGAUGAAAAUCAGGCUGAUCUUGAAAAUGAUCUGGAAUCAAAAGAAAAUGAUGAGAAAUACUAUGAUAAGGUGGGGAAGAACAAAAAAGUGAAGGAGGAAAAGCCAAAAGAGGAAGGAAUCAGCAUGAAUCUCAAAAGCAUCGUUGUUUUUGUAUUGCUGAUGAUGCUGAUGAUGUUUGCUGUGCACUGCACGUGGGUCACCAGCAAUGCUUACUCGAGUCCGAGCAUUGUUCUUGCCUCGUACAGCAAUGAUGGAUCUCGUGUCAUCCUGGACGACUUCAGGGAGGCCUACUAUUGGCUGAUGCAGAACACAGAGGACAAGGCUCGGGUGAUGUCUUGGUGGGAUUAUGGUUACCAGAUUGCAGGCAUGGGCAAUCGAACUACACUGGUCGACAACAACACGUGGAACAAUAGCCACAUUGCACUUGUUGGAAAAGCAAUGUCUUCAAAUGAAUCAGCUGCUUACGAGAUCAUGCGCAUGUUGGAUGUUGAUUACGUCCUGGUCAUCUUCGGGGGAGUCAUCGGCUACUCGGGAGAUGACAUCAACAAGUUUCUUUGGAUGGUGAGGAUUGCCGAGGGCGAACAUCCUAAGGACAUCAAGGAGUCUGAUUACUUCACUCCACAAGGAGAGUUCAGAAUUGACGUUGGAGGAUCACCCACACUCCUCAAUUGUCUCAUGUACAAACUCAGUUACUACAGAUUUGGCGAGUUUCAGCUGGACUUUAGAACACCGCCAGGAUUUGAUCGCACAAGAAAUGCAGAAAUAGGCAACAAGAAUUUUAAGCUGGAGUACCUGGAGGAAGCCUUCACAACUGAACACUGGCUUGUUAGGAUAUACAAAGUCAAACAACCUGUUAAUAGACUAAAGAAAAAAUUGAAAAUAUCUGCCAAGAGAUAUGUUACUAAAAAGCGAAUAAAAGAAAGAAGGGAACCUUCAAGAACCCACCCACAGUUGUUAAGGGAAAGAAGGCUGCCAAGUGAUCGACAAUCAUUGUUUUUUUUAGCAAAAUUUUUACUUUAUCAUUUAUUUUUUAAAUGUGGGUUGGUUUUAUUGAUGUUAGGUUUCCAGCUAUUACAUAGGUGUUUGAAUGUGUGUGAUUGCGUGCCUGUGUUGUCUAUGUUUGUUUUAUUUAUGCAUUCUUUCGAUAUAAACGUGCAUUAUAUGACGUGUGGUUAAUGUUUAAUUAAUCAAAUAUUUCAUUAAUAAUAUCGAUCCUCCUCCAAUUUGUUCGAAUGUCCAUUUAAUAAUGAUUGUAUCAUUUUUGUUUUUCAACUUAAUUGUUUUUUAUAUGUUUUUUUUAUUAAUUAAUAUCAUUAUUGUUGCUGUUGUUGGUUAAUUGAAUUCCUCGUAUAAACAGAGAUGUUACAGUUGUUGGAUAUUAACAAAUUGUACAAGGAGUUGUUGGGUUUUUUAUUUAGAUGUUUUUAACUUAACUAAAAUUACUUCCUAAUUCUAUAAUUUAUAUCACUAAUAUAAAAAAUUGAUUCAUUCUUUCAAAUAAAAUUUUGAAUC